AUCACCGAACGACCCUAUAGCAUUAUGGGGUACUUGACUAUUUCGAUGAUAGUAUACGAGAAAUGGUCCGAUCUUGCUAGCAUGUUGAAGUUCAACAAGAACAAUGUUAUGUUAACUUAACCUUUCGACACGUAUUUGGUGUGCAUCACCUAGUAUCCGAAAACGCAAAGUGAAUCCAGAUUAAUUCACGGGCUUUGCAAAAUUUGAGGUGUAUGAGUUGACAUGGGACCGGGGGUUCCGAGUGACCGGUCUCACGCGGAAGAGGGAGGAAGGUGGAGGAGGAGGAAGAAGAAGAGGAAAGAUUCUGACACAGUGGGAAGGAAAAAGGAAGAAGACCGUGUGGACUCUGCAGACCGACUCAUCGCUGUCUUCCUUCGAACAGGUUUGGUUAGGCUGAAUUUUUCGCCUUGUUUCUUCAUCGUUUUGGCUUUUUGGAGCUUUUGCUGGAAUUUUUUGGAUAAUCCCAAGAAUCUGGUGAUGCGAUCGUUGUGAACCUAUUCAAGUCCAAGAACUGAUCUCCUGCCAACUUAUUGAACUGGAAAGGUUCUUGUCAGCUUGUCGAGGAUAUCUCGAUUUUGUCGUCAAAAUUGAGCUGAUGCAGAAUAUGUGAUUGCAGAAUGAAAUAUUGGGAAGAUGGUGUAUUUAAAUUGGGAUGAAUACUCUGCAGUAUAUAUUCUUAGCAGAUUCAUUGGGAAUGAGUUGACAGGAAUUGUCAAUUUCGUUCGCUGUUGCAAGUUAUUGGGGUUGGCCCUUCAGAAUGGAGAUAGUCGGCAGCGAUAACACUGGAUGCUCUUCGACCCAAACCCGAAACUGUUACACAGUCGCUGGCCUCUCGGGGACAAUUCUCGAGUCAACCCAAAUCUCUAACCUGAAAGAUCGGUAUGUUCUCGAGGAGCAAUUGGGUUGGGGACAGUUUGGGAUCAUCAGGGCAUGCUUGGACAAAUUCACCGGGGAGGUCCUUGCGUGCAAAUCCAUUGCUAAAGAUAGACUAGUUACACCAGAAGAUGUGCAAAGCGUGAAGCUUGAGAUUGAAAUCAUGACCAAGUUGUCGGGCCAUCCGAACAUUGUGAAUCUCAGGGUAGUCUAUGAAGAAGAAGAUUACGUGCACUUGUUGAUGGAGCUGUGCAUGGGAGGAGAACUCUUUCACAGGCUUGAGAAACACGGGAGGUUUUCCGAGAUGGAGGCUCGGUUCCUCUUUAGGCAUCUGAUGGAAGUCGUCAAGUAUUGUCACGAUAAUGGAGUGAUCCACAGGGAUCUGAAGCCCGAGAACAUAUUACUGGUUUCAACGUCCCGGAAAUCACCAAUUAAGCUGGCGGACUUUGGUCUUGCGACAUAUAUAAAACCUGGGCAAUAUUUGCAUGGGACUGUUGGGAGCCCUUUUUACAUAGCCCCGGAGGUUCUUGUAGGAGGGUACAAUCAGGCAGCCGAUGUGUGGAGUGCAGGAGUGAUUCUCUACAUUCUACUCAGUGGAUUGGCACCCUUUUGGGGGAGGACAAAGUCGAAAAUAUUUGAAGCUGUUAGGGCUGCAAAUCUUCGGUUUCCUUCUAGUCACUGGGACAGCGUCUCUUCAUCUGCUAAGGAGUUGAUUGCUGGAAUGCUCCAACUGGAUCCUUCAAAGAGGCUCACAGCUGCAGAGGUUUUGGGUCACCCGUGGAUGGAGGGCUUUGGGCAAGUCUCUGAAGAAUCUCAAAUUCAAGGAAAUAUAGAUUAUGGAAUGCUAGAAGUGGGUGUAGGUUCUCUCUCUGGCCCUUGCAUUGCCACGUCCCGGGAUUAUAGCUUCAGUCAUGAGUCACAUUCUAAUGAUGAGAACGCUCUCGAGCGAACACCCACAUUCUCUUGCAGAACAUCCUUCUCUACUUUCCUAAUGGGGGAUGAAAGGGAAACUCCCUCCUCUGCAUUCAGCAGGUUCUCAUUCAGCUGUGAGUCAAGUGCUGGGUGUUUCUCCUCCCCUAUUCCGGCAAUGCCGAGUUUUACUUUCUUCCGCCCGACCUCUGCUGUUGAAGAAUCAAGUGGUGAACUCUCACAUUCUGAUACAGAUGAGGAAGAGUCAAGGUUGGCAAAGCUGUUUCAGUUGGCUGCUGCUUCCACCCGUGUAAAGCGCGAGAUAGAGCAGCUAGAUCUGAGGACAGACAUACAGGCAGGAGGAGGUACUGUUAAGACUCGGAUUUUGAGGAUCCACAGCCGUAGGAACCGUACCAUCGGGUUCGGCGAACACGAUCAGAUCGAUCUGAAGGUGGCAGAGUCGGUUAUUCGAUGGGCAUCAUGCGCGCACAUGCCAACUGCUCCGUCCUUGAGACUAUCACUUGUCUGCUAAGAGAGUGGAACUUCACGGAACUAAUGGACCCCGAGGCAGAAGUCCCAAAUGCUAAUAUUGACAGGACUAAUACCCAAACACAGUUUGUGGUACAUAGAGAGAGUGAUGUGUUCAGUAUUAUUUUCGAUUUAUUAAGGUUUGUGGUUUUUUGGGAUGAUCGUGAGAUACUGUUGUGGAUAGGGAAAGAACUGGGUUGAUAUCUAACAAAAGAAAUGCGGAAAUGCAAGUGAGAUGGUAUCCUUACAUCUA